AUGGCACUCUGGAACUCCACGUGGGGAGGCGACUUCACACUGAUGGGGAUCCUGAGUGACAGCGAGUAUCCCGAACUGCUCUGCGCCACCAUCACUGUCCUGUACCUGCUGGCCUUGACUAGCAACAGCCUGCUGCUCCUGGUCAUCAUGGCAGAUGCCCGGCUCCACGUGCCCAUGUACCUCCUGCUCGGGCAGCUCUCGCUCAUGGACUUGCUCUUCACGUCUGUCGUCACCCCCAAGACCCUGGUGGACUUUCUGCGUGGGGAAAACGCCAUCUCCUUUGGGGGCUGUGCCGCUCAGAUGUUUCUGGCACUGACGCUGGGUGGUGCGGAGGACCUGCUGCUGGCCUUCAUGGCCUAUGACAGGUAUGUGGCCAUUUGUCACCCGCUGAACUACAUGGUCCUCAUGAGGCCGAGGAUGUGCUGGUUCAUGGUGGCCACAUCCUGGAGCCUGGCUUCCCUGAGUGCCCUGGGAUAUACUUUGUAUACUAUGCACUUUCCUUUCUGCAAAGCUCGGAAGAUCACUCACCUGCUGUGUGAGAUCCCGCCGCUGCUGAAGUUGGCCUGUGCAGAUACUUCCAGCUAUGAGCUCCUGGUGUAUGUGAUGGGUGUGAUUUUCCUCUUGCUCCCUCUUUCUGUCAUCGUUGCCUCCUACACGCUCAUCCUCUUUACUGUGCUGCGCAUGCCCUCAAACGAGGGGCGACAGAAAGCCCUCGUCACCUGCUCGUCCCACCUGACCGUGGUUGGCAUGUUCUAUGGGGCUGCCACAUUCAUGUAUGUUCUGCCCAGUUCCCUCCACAGCCCCAGACAGGACAACAUCAUCUCUGUUUUCUACACGAUCGUCACCCCAGCCCUGAACCCCCUCAUUUAUAGCCUGAGAAAUAAGGAGGUCAUGGGGGCUUUGAGGAGGGUUCUGGGCAAAUACUGUUUAUCAGCACAUUCCACCAAGUAG